GGCAUCGAGCAGCUCCUCAACGAGGGCGCGGUGCAGCAGCGCGGCGACACGGGCGGCGGCGUGCCCAUCCUGGCGGCGGUGGGGCCGCUGCAGCUCGAGGUGGUCUCGUCCCGGCUGAGCUCCGAGUACAGCGUCGAGGUGCAGUACGAGAUGAUGCCGCAGACGCAGGCGCGGUGGGCGAUGGCGGGGUGGGAGGAGGUGGACGCGGUCCUCUCCGAGCGGAAGCUGCUCAACGUCAAGACGCUCGAGGACGUGUACGGCAGGCCGGUGCUCCUCUUCACGUCCGGCUGGACGCUCGACAACGCCGUCGCCGAGGUGGGCGAGCGGCUCCAGCUGCGGCCCUACGCGCUCGCCCCCGACGUGCAGGAGCGUAGGCGGAAAAAGUGA